AAGAGCACCUCUUUAUAUGUUUUCAGUUGGAAAGUUUGGCUUUACUCUUCAAAAUAGAAAGCCUCCUCCCAACGAGUAGGGUUUAACUGCAGUUAAUAUUUUGUGUACAUCCAGCGUUGGGGGAAGACUGGUGACUGUUUGUAAAGGUCUCUUCCCACUGUAAAGCUAAGAGCGUAUGCAUUCUUCCAUACCCAUUCCUGUAAAGAAAGGAGAGAGGUGGAUUUUGAAAAGGGAAGAAAGUGAUGGAAAAAAAAAUAGGAGAAGAAAAGCAACCUUGUUGAUGACCCAAAAUGACAAAGCAUCCACCAAACAGAAGAGGGAUCAGCUUUGAGGUGGGAGCCCAGUUGGAGGCCCGGGACAGAUUAAAAAACUGGUAUCCAGCUCAUAUACAGGAAAUAGACUAUGAAGAAGGGAAAGUGCUCAUCCAUUUCAAACGUUGGAACCAUCGUUAUGAUGAAUGGUUCUGCUGGGACAGUCCUUAUUUACGUCCAUUAGAAAAAAUACAGUUAAGGAAAGAAGGGUUACAUGAAGAGGAAGGAUCUUCUGAAUUUCAUAUAAAUGAGCAGGUACUUGCUUGCUGGUCUGAUUGUCGGUUUUACCCAGCCAAAGUCACUGCUGUUAACAAGGAUGGUACUUAUACUGUGAAAUUUUAUGAUGGAGUAAUUCAGACUGUCAAACAUAUUCAUGUCAAAGCUUUUUCCAAAGAUCAGAGUAUCGUGGGCAAUGCCAGGCCUAAAGAAAAAGAUAACGAAAGCUUUUCAUCUCAUGAUAACCGAGGGAAGUUUAAAGAGCAGAGAAAAGUGCCUGCUCAUGCUAAGAAAGACAAAGAUGACAAGACUUUAAAGGCUGAAAAGAGAUCCAGACAGCCUGACAGAGAAGGAAAGUUAGUCAGUCCUGAAAAAGGGAAGGGGUCUGAAAAAGGUCUGCCGAAGAAUGAGAAAGAAGACAAGGAGAAUAUUUCAGAAAAUGACAGAGAAUAUUCUGGGGAGACCCAGGCAGACAAGAAGCCUGAGAAUGACAUUGUGAAGAAUACACAGGAAAAUCUAAGGGAGCCCAAAAGAAAGCGAGGCCGGCCCCCUUCCAUACCUCCGUCUGAACCAAAUUCCCAAACUUUGCAACCAAUAACAUUGGAAUUAAGACGCCGGAAAAUAUCAAAAGGAACUGAAAUCCCGUUAAAGCGCCCCAGGCUUGAAAAAAAUUCAUCUCAGGAAAAGCCAAAAACCUACCCAGAAAAUAAUGACAAAGACUUGACCAGGAGACGAUCAUCAAGGCUUUCUAAUAGUGGAAGCCAUGACAUCCUAGAUGCAGACUUGGUUAUAGCAAAUGUGGUUGAUAGCGCUCCUUCAGAAGAUACUUUGCUUCUCGCCAAGGAAUCAGAAGAAGGUCAUUUAGAAUCUCCGGUCCAGUCUGAUAAAAGCUCAUCUGAACUAACACACCAGUCCUUUGUGGAUGGAUUGGAGACUGCAGCAUUUGAUUUGAAUUGCAAUUCAAUGGAAGACAAAGCUGUAGAUGCUGAACUAUCUUCUCCACUUGCUGAAUUGAAAGAGAUUUCUGCUGUAACAGUUUUAGGGUUCAGUUCCCUCAGCCGUACAUGGGAAGGGGCUGGAUUAAAUGUUAGAUCAAUCGUAACAAAUACUUUUAAGAGAGAUGAAUUUGUUACUUCAAAAGCUCCUGCUGUCGACUUAGACCACAAGUUUAGAUGCACGUUCAUGGACUGUUUAAAAUUCUUCCGCAAAGCUAAACUCCUGCACUAUCACAUGAAAUAUUUCCAUGGAGUGGAGAAGACACCAGAACCUGAGGAGAAUUCAGUGAAGAGGCACGUCCAGACAAGAGGUUCAUUAGCUUCUGAAAAGUCCAGUCAAGAUGGGCUAACCAGAAAGCGGAUCACUUCUAGUUCCUUGUCUGUAAAAGACAAGGAAAAGAACAAAGAAAAGAAGUUCAGAGAAUUUGUGAGAUUGAAGUCGAAGAAAAAAAAGAAAAAGAAAAAGAAAUCUAAGUCUGAAUAUUCUUGCAGUGAAGAUGCUAGUGAUGUUUCCCAGGAGUGUUCACCUCCCAAGCCGUUUGCUGUUACCAGAUGUAGUUCCUCAAAUAAAUCUGGUACUCCCCUGAGUACAUCGGUGCAUAACUCUGAUUCUGGAAAUCACCGAGAAAGAGGAAAAAUACCUGAAGAAGAUAAUGUGAGUGACUCUUCUUCAGAGAGUUUUCUCUGGAGUGAUGAAGACUGUAGCCACGAUAUUGAUGUGACCACUAAUCCAGAUGAUGAUCCUGAUGGAGAAGACAACUUUGACUUUGAAGUCGUUCGGUGUAUUUGUGAGGUCCAGGAAGAAAAUGACUUUAUGAUUCAGUGUGAAGAAUGUCAAUGCUGGCAGCAUGGAGUGUGCAUGGGUUUGCUAGAAGACAACGUGCCUGAGAAAUACAUCUGCUAUAUUUGCCAGGAUCCUCCAGGUCAGAGACCUGGUGUAAAGUACUGGUAUGAGAAGGAAUGGUUAAGCCAUGGCCACAUGCAUGGUUUGGCAUUUUUGGAAGAUAACUAUUCCCAUCAGAACGCCAAGAAAAUAGUUGCCACUCACCAGCUUCUUGGUGAUGUGCAAAAGGUGAUAGAAGUUCUACAUGGGCUGCAGCUAAAGAUGAGAAUUUUACAGAGCAAAGAGCACCCUGAUUUACAGUUGUGGUGUCAGCCCUGGAAGCAGCACUCCAGGGAUGAGAAGUCUCACCCCAAACAUGUCCUUCACAUUGAAGAUAAGAAGAAGGAGGAUGUGCUGAGCUAUAGAACUUUCAGUGGGACAAUAGAAAAAACACUGCCCUUUCCUUCCAUGGAAGAGUCUUACAUCACCAGUGAACACUGUUAUCAGAAACCCCGAGCCUAUUAUCCUGCUGUAGAACAAAAGCUCGUGGUAGAGACAAGAGGGUCAGCUAUGGACGAUGGUGUUAACCCCAUCCGGGAGAAUGGGGAUGAUGUGCUAUCAGAAAGGUUUGGGUGGGAGUUAGACCAAGAAAAAAUCAAGUUGCAGAAUGAAUUGAGACAUACUUACUCAAAGGUGAGGGAGUGUGCUUCUAAAAAGGCCCCCUCAGAGGAAGCCCCCACACUGAAGCUGCUGGAAAAAGACAGGGAAGGAGUGGUGAACGCUCACCUCCAGUGGCAGCUUAAUCUGCUCACGCACGUGGAAUCACUGCAGGAUGAAGUCACACACAGGAUGGAUUCCAUCGAGAAGGAGCUGGAUGUUCUGGAGAGUUGGUUGGAUUACACGGGAGAGCUGGAGCCACCAGAGCCAUUAGCCAGACUCCCUCAGCUCAAGCAUUGCAUAAAGCAACUCCUGACGGACUUGGGAAAGGUGCAGCAGAUUGCCCUUUGUUGUUCCACGUGAGACUGACCUGAGCACUGCCCACUCACCAUCACCAGGAUGUCUGUAGGAGGCUCUUUGUAUAUUUAAACAAAACUUGCAUACUGAAUGCAUGAAAGAACAUGGAUUGACUUCAGGGAUCCAGGCAGAGUGUGGUGGACACAGAGCAGGCACCUUACUCUUACAUCAAGGCUGCUGAAAGCAGGGUGUUCCAGUCUACACAGGCUUCAAGAGCAGGAAGGCAAAGAAGAAAUGUUAGGAUUUCCUCCUUAUACAUAAAUUGUUGAAUGAAAAUAAUUUUUUUUUUGCACAAACUUCACUUUAAAUCGUGCCACUGAUAAAGGAGUAAGAGCCAAAAAUGUUUAUUUGAAAAUGGUUGUAAUUCCCAUUCUACAGUUUAUUUAUUUGACUUGUGUUUCAGAUUGGAUCAACAAUAGCCUUCCUGGUUUCUGUCUCACGUGGUAUUUAAUCAGUGGGAGUUGUAAUUUAGAGCUUUGUGAGAAUGUCCUUUUUAUGACUUAACUGUUAUAUGGAGGUUAAAUAGUACAGGCCCAAAGCCUGCACCAAGUACUCUAGAUUGCUAUAAUAAAUGACCAUUUGGGCUGUAUUCACCCCCUAGUAAAUGAUUAUUUUAGUUUAUCAUGUCUUUAGGAUGAAUGACUUACUAUAUGGUACUCGGGAAAAUCAACUUAGUUUGAGCUUGUUCUGUUCCCAACCCCAGGAUGUGCCUGGGUUUUUGCUUGCAUUAGGGCUAACAGGCUCCUUGAGGGGGAGCUGGGGUCUCACUGCAUGUGACCUAUGUUAGGUAUUCCAAACUGAGCGAGGUCUGUAACCCAGGGCAGUAUUUUCUACCCACCUUGUUAAUAUUUGAUAGCUCCUAUUCAUUUUUGAAAUAUAGAUUUUUCCCCCCAAAAUUAUAAAUUUACUGUAAUGAUUCAUUAAAAAAACAGGAUGUCCUUUGGGGAGUCAGCUUAUUUUAUAUACUGUAAGGACUUGGACCCUAUGUACCGCUGUAAGCCUCCCCAGAGAUUCAUCUUUAAUAGUAUUUCCAGAUACCCCACAACUCUUCCUUUUUUUCUUUUAAUAUACCACAACAUUUUAAUUUCCAGGUAUAUCUUAUUUUGUGAGAUCAAGGUGAUUGUGCUGCCUAAAUUUCAGGUACAAUGUCAUUUAUUACCUUUGAGAAUGAUGUAUUUGUGUUACUUUUGCAGCCAUCAAUAACAAUCCCUGUAUCUUAUGUGUUGCCUAUGGUGCAGUGCAGGGGAAUCCUCCUUGUGCUUUUAGAUCUUCUUUUCCACUGUUAGUUUUGCUCAUGAUUAUACCACUUAAACAUCAAAGCACACUUGUCCAUUAGUAUUUGACAGUUAAUUAAUGGUUUAUGAAUCUGUAAUAUUAUAUGCUGCAGAUAUUUACUAUGUAAACUUGAAAUAGUCAACAUCUUAAUAGGAAUGGUAAGAUCUUUGAUUAACCUUUGUAUCUAAGUCUUUGUGAAAGGUCCGGAUUGUUUAACAUUGGAAAUGAGGGCCUUGGGGAAAGGAUAUUUCCUGAUUCACAGUAAAAUAAGUAUGGUAGCCAUACAGCAGAGAAUCCCAGUGGCUAUGACACUUGUAAUAAAGUUCAUAUGACUCUGCUUUAAGAAAAAAAAAGUCUUUCCCAUCACUAAUGCUGCUGUAUGAAGAAAUGCGUAGUAUAUUAAUAUUUAAAUUAGAAAUAAUUAACUGGACAGCUGUUUCACAACCAAGACAACUGAAAGGAAACAGACUGAACAGCUGUUCUCAGAGAUUCUUUUUGCAAAGUUCCACCCGAAUACCAAAUGUGGGUAAUUUAGAGGCCUCAUUAGUAAGUUAACAUUGAAGGUAGUUAAUUGGGUUGAAACGGGUUAGAUUUUUUUUAAAGAGCUGGGAACAGAAAUGAAAAAUUCCUGUUGAGUUCUGCCAACUGGCCAUUUUUGCUUUAUUCUGCUGGAUAAUUUUGAAAGGAAAUAAAAUUCCAUUUCAUUUAAUCUAAUUUGUCAAGUAGGAUUUGUCUUCCUGAGAAGAGGCAAUAAAAAAAGCAAGAGGGAUUUACUCAGUUGAAGACUUAACAGUAUGCCCCUUUUCAGGUUUUCCUUUGGAAGAGAUUCUAUUAUGUGAUACAGAGGAUGGUACAGGGCUAAGGGCCUCCAUCUCUGAAUGCUGGACCAAGCUUAGUUAAUCUAAAGUUGGAGCACUGGAAAUAAUUACUGCUGUUACCCUUAAGAAAUGUUUAGUUAUUGUACAUUACCUAAAUUUGAAUUUUGUCUCUCUGGAUGAAGGCUAUCCUACUAAAAUUGCCUUGGCAGAAGCAGUUCUGGUUUGACUAAAUUUUGUUUCUUUAAAUCAGUGAUGGAUGAAUGCAAGGUAGAACCUUGAUGAGAUGAGCCAACAUUGCACUGUGGAGAUGUAACUGUUUGUUUACGCACUAUUAGAAUGGAGGGCACUGUAUAUAGAAGUUUGGCUUUGGAGCAAUAUUUACAAAACAUGGAAACCUCUUUAUCUGUGUUUGGAAAAAAUAAAUAGGUUUUUGUUGUUUUACAUA